ACUUGUCGACUCUUGUCAAUGUCAUUAAUGUCAAUUCUCUAGCAGUAAUAACAAUAAUUAUUUAUCAAGAGCAAAAUGUGAAAUAUUUAAAUAAAUACAAGUAGUGUAGUGUUUAAGUUUUUAUUUUUUAAAAUGGCUUAUGUUAACGUAAAAGACUGGUCUGUGGACCAAGUCACAGAUUGGCUGAAAGGUUUAGAUAGCGUAAUUUUACAAUACAAUUCUUCAUUCUUGAACAAUGGUGUGACUGGUCAUCAGUUACUGAACUUGAGAGCUGAUGAUUUGGAACAUUUAGGAGUUAAGAUGUUAGGACACCAAGAGAUUAUCUUGGAGGCUGUAGAACAUUUAAGAAAUUUUCACUUUGAAUUAGACAAAGAGAAUUUACAAACACUAGCUCUUAGGCUGUCUUGUGCAGCAAAUUCCUUAUAUAAGGAGCUUUUGCUUAUAGAUGACAACUGUACUGAACUGCAUACUCAAGUUAUGUCAGAUGUCCAUAAUAUCAUCACUACAAUAAAACCUUUAGCAUACUGGCUAGACAGGUCGCCAUUUGCAGGCGAUAAGGAUUAUAUCGAUAAUAAAACAAAUCUUUUGCAAUUAGGAUUCGAAAUGGCUACGAGCGCUCAUAGAGGAAUAUUUUCUGAAAAGCCUGUAUGUACUAUUAGAAAAAAUUGUGAGAAACUAGCUAAAAUUGCAGACCACAUUAUACAGGAAAUCGUUGAUCCGAUGAUAUUACAACCUGCUUCCUUAGAUUUAGCUACAUUAAAAAAGAAAGAACAAGAACUAGGAUUUUUUAUUUUGCCGAAUUACCAGUCGAUACAUCAAAUAGCGGAAAUCAAACAUGGUUCCCCAGCACAUGGCAGUUCAAAAAUUGAAGAGGGUGACGAAAUAGUGCAGGUGAAUUACCAGACUGUAGUCGGCUGGCAAAGGAAGAAAGUGAUGAUGUUACUACAGGAAUCGCCACCGGAGAUAGUGUUAACGCUGAAGAAACGACCAAGACAUACGAAAGUCUAUGGUCAGAUAUAUAUGAAACCAUACCGCUUGCCAAGUAGGAAAAGAAACGGCCAAAACUGGUCUACGAGAUGGAACGAAAACAUCCCGUCUCCCAGGCUGCUUCCUAUUAUCAAUUUACCACCCAUUACUAUUUCCAAAAGUGAAGAUGAAGCUGAAGUUGCCGAUGCUGAAACAGAAUUAAGCAGUAGUGAUAGCGAACCUCCAGAUAGUCCAUUGGAUUCCAGUUGUCGUAUGUAUCCUUUGAAGCCUAGGCCUAUUUUACAACGACGAAAUACCAUAUCGGGUGGUACACCUACGAAUAAAAGAGCUCAUCCGUCCAUUGAACAGUAUUGGGAUUUCAUCAAAUCGCGCACGAACAAUAGCCAUUCCAGUACUUACAACAUUGACAGUUCCAAGUUCGAAGAAGAUUCCAAGUUCCUGAGAGACAAAAGUGCUUCCUGCAACGUAGGCUUAGACUUAACUCCUCGACCGACCACAGUCAUCGGUUUGGCACACACCAACAGUUCGGCGCACCGGAAGAAUCCCGCCAAAUCGCACAAAAAGAAAGUGAACUUCCAGGAGGAGAAGAAGGUCGACGAUAAAAAGGAGAAAAAACAAGAGGAGGAACUCGAUAAGAAACAAAAAGACGAGAAGUUGUUGGGUCCUUCCAAUUUGGAUACCGAGAAAAGUAUUAGUGUUGCUAGUUUGGCGAGUUUGAACAAUGAAAAUAUUUCGUACAUUGACGAAGUUCUAGAUAUAAAAAAAGUUAAACCUUUUAAAUUUUAUGUAUCAGGAAGAGAAUUGACUGAUCGCACAAGCAUGACUCUAGACUACUGGAAAAAAGAAAUAGUCGACGAAAUAAUAGACACAAUUAAAAAUAAAACGAUCGUUGAAGAGAAACCAAGAAUUGUGCCGAUACAAGAAGAGAUGACAAAAGAAGAAUUAUUUGUCAUAUUAGAAAAAGAUGAAAACACGAGAAUUGAAUCCAGUGAUAUUAAAUCAAACAAUGAUAAAAAUGAAAAUAAAUCUACUUCAGCUGUGAUAAAAGACCCCAUUCUUUCUGAAAUAAAUAUUCAUAGCAUUAUCAAAAAAUUCGAUGAACAAAAGUUGAACACACCGAAGAAACCAUUAAUAGUACCCCGUACUCAAAUAAAAAAGUCACCAGAGGUACCACCGAAACCCGAGGGUAAAGUUAAACCGGCAGUACCACCUAGAAGUGCUACAACCAAGCUCAGAGGAAAGCUCGACAAGAGCCACAGCACACCUGCUUAUGAUCUCUCCGAAGAACCAGAGGUGCCACCUAUGAAUCCGUUAGAGAAACCUAAAGAAGUAACCAAAGAGAUUAUCAGAGAGAUCAAGAUCGUUAAGGAGGUCAAAGAAAUUCGGGAAACUAAAGAAGUUAUCAGAGAGGUAGUGAAAAUUGAGAGUAUACCUUUAGCAGAGUCUGUUAAUCAAUUAGGGAUUCCUGUUGUUGAGAUGUCAAACUUGCCAGUUGUCUUCAAAGAUGACGUUGUUAACGGAGACGACUUAUCGAAUGAGGUUAAAGUAACAGAAGUUCCUCCGAAGCCGCCUCCAAGAAACGUGACGGACAUGCCGAAACCAGCCUAUCCAGCCGAUUCACCAAAACCACAAAAUCUUCUAAACUUAUCAAAAACACCAAACGAACUCCAUCAAUCCAAACCAGUGUUCGAAUUUCCUGAACCUCCUCCUCCAUCUAACUACGGACACAUUGAGGUAAAGAACAUCGUAGAAGAGAAGGUUCCACCUAAACAUUUUGAGCCGAGGAUGAUGUCUACGCCUACGGGAAAAGGCCGAAUGGACUACGAGAGUGAUGCGGCGUAUUAUAAGGCUACUCCGCCCAAUUAUGAAAUUCAGAAAAGCGCAAGCGAGACUAAAGUAUCGCCUACUAAUAGUAUUGUUAAGGGAUUGAUGUCAGGAAAGAAGGCCGGAAAGAAGAAAAGCAGUUUAACAGCAAAAAGAAGAAAAGUUACUGUAAACGAUCUUAGCCCAGCGGAUAUUCAAGGAUAUUUAUUCCAAAGAUUACGAGGUAAACAUAAUCAGAAUGUGCACUGGGAGAAGAGGUGGUUCGUAUUGUUGGGAAGUUGUUUGUAUGGCUUUAAGGCGAAAGAAGAUCCCAAAGCAGCCUGCCUUAUUUUUCUGUCGGGGUUUACAGUCGCCUUGGCUAGUGAAGUUAAAUCCAGAUCACAUUCCUUUAAAGUAUAUCACACAGGUACGGUAUUCUACUUCUCGGCAGAAGAUCCAGACACACUCCAAUCAUGGAUAGACCUAAUCAAAACAGCUACUCUAGUGAACGAUAAUCAGAAAAACCAGGAAUCUAGUCUUUACUCAGAAACGGACGAGUCGGAUACGGAAAGACUAAAGAUUCCCGUAGAAAAAUCGGAUUCUCUGAAAAAAUUUGGGUCUCUUAAGAAAUUUACUUCGAAGAAAUCCAGCUCAGAUGCUAGUCCCAGUGGAAGUACCAGUCUUGAUAGGAAAUGGUUUUUUAAUAAGUCCAGUAGUCAUAGGAAAGAUUCCGUACCAGUACCUACAGCCCAGUUUCGAUCUUACAGGAAAAUUCGCACAAAUGACAGUCAAUCCAGUGUUACCACGGGUAAUUUUACCUCCCACGUUCAAUUAUUCGGAUCGCAAAAUCUUGCCAAUCCACAAAAUGUUAGUGUUCCUAAUCUGUCGAUGGAAAGUAUUAGGCCUGAACUUUGCCGGGAACUUCCAAAAUGCAGGCCGAAACCAGUAAACUACAUGCACGCUAGCAAUCCAAGUCUUUGUAAUGUCAGUUCCGAUUACACUUCCCCAAAUUACAAUAAAAGUCAGUUCAAAAUGGCGAGUGAGAGUUUAGCGGGGUUUGUAACACUCGAACAACUGAUGAUACGACAAACAGAAGAGAGGAAAAUGAAUCCACAUCACAUUUUUGAAGAAGUUAAUAGGAAUAUGCUAUUGGCUAAACCCGAUGUUGUUUAUGGUGAAGUUCCAAUCCGUCCCAGAAACUACGAAGAACAAUCAGAUAUUUCCUCUACCAGUUCCAAGACGCGUACGUCGUCUUCCAGUGAAAAGAAUAAUAGUAGUAGUUCGUGUUUUGGAAAACGCUUAGGAUCUCUGAAGAAAAAUCACAAUAAGGUCGAUGACGAUUUUGAGAACAAAAUUUCAACAUAUCCAAAAAUAACCAAAGCGUGCGAUCAAAAAGUGAAUAGGUCUCUUCCAAGAACACAUAAAAUUCAAGAUAAAUAUUGCAGGUAUGACGAUUUACCUCCGCAAUACUCUUACGACAAAGAACUGUCUGCCAAGUUUAAAGAACGUUCCUACGAAAUGAUUUACUGUCCAGAAACGGUAAAUGAUGUACAGUUUGCAAUGAACAGGGCGCUGGAUGAUACUAUGUAUAACGACGCUCCGAAGAAAGGCAGUAAAAUCAAAAAACAACACAGUUUCUCGUCGACUGACAAAAAGACAAAAUUCAGUAAUAAGGUUCAAGACUCAUCAUCGACUAAAGUAAAAUUAAAAUCGGCGAUUCAGUACACUCCUAUGUCCUUGCCUUCCAGUCAAGAUCCAAAAUCAAAACCCAAAUUCGCCUUCGAACUGAACUUGGAUGAAAAAUCUCAAAGAGGUGGAAAAAUAAAGAAUAUAUUUGGCGGAAAGUCCGAAGGAAAGAAGGAAAAGACGUUUCUAGGAUCACCUAAACUCCAUAGAGCGAUUUUUAAGAAGCACAGUUCCGGUUCUGAUAUAAGUUGGCCUUCUGGAAGCUCUUCGCAGCAUCUUUCCAUGUCGCAGAGCAGUUACUCUCUAGAGACCACCCCACCAGUGAUAUCCCAGUCAUUCGAAUUUGCCACCAGCCCAAACGCUGACUACCCAGGUCUCGAAUACCCUCCCGUUUUCGAACCAGAAACCUAUUCCUUAGCCAAUCCACAAACAAGUCUAAAUUUAUUGAAGAGACAAGAAAAGAAUACUCAGAAGUAGAUAUCUCUAGGUGCUUGUACUUAGUUUUUUGUUUCUGUUUAAAUUUUUGUUAGGAGAGACGAAAGGCAAAAGUUAAACUCUUUAGUAAGUUCCUUAAUAUGGCUUUAUAUUUUAUAUUUCAGUUUUACUCUUGAGCAACGGAAAUUUCAAAAUAGUUUUUAAUUCAACAACUGUUAUACUGGUGCUAGCUGUUGUUAUAAGUUAAAAAAAUCUGUUUGAUUUUACUGAAAAAUGGUAUAUAUACAAAAACAUAUAUUUCGCUAUAAAACACUGAAAUAUAUAACUAUCUAAACAAAACCACGUACAAUUCUAAUAAAUUGUAUAAUUAACUACACUGUAUUGACAGCUGUUAUUGCGAUGUCUAGUUGACAUUUUUGUUUAGUUAUUAUCUGUGUUUAUGCCCUCUUCUAAUUUAUUUUUGCCUUUUCUUAUGACGUGGCAACGUGGUAUUUUUAUACCGAUAUAUCCACAUAUUCUCAUACGAUAAAGCCAGUCGCCAAGAAAGGUUCGCAAAAGCAUACGUGUCGAGUCACCACGGCCAGGUCAUAUGGGUGAAACAACCCCUUUUAGCGUGCAUCGUAUCUCUUCAAAGUGGUCGUGUCGUGUUUAUCACUUUAGACAGUUCAAAGUGUAGCGGACCUAUCUACUGUUUAAUUUAGUGUUUUAGAGCUAAUAAAGUCAUAUCUUUCACAUCUUUUCAUCUUUUUACCUCAACCAGCAUCUUAUCAAAAUCGCGUUUUUUUGCAAAUAUUUUUUGCAAAUAUGUUUUAUCGCGUCAAAUUCAAUCUGUCCAAUGUUACAUCAAUCAUAACCUAAUAAUUUGCGUAUGUCCAGUUGCACCAACAAAUAACCGAUUGAUUUAGAUUGCCCGUUUAUUUUAAAAUAUAAUUGUCAAAAUCUGUCAAAUUAAAAACAGAAAUUUUAACGAUUUUUUCAAAAAAUAUUAAAUUUUAACCUUUAUCGAAAGAAACGAAAAGUGUUCUAUUAUUAUUUUUGAUGGUAGAAAAUUUAAUAUUUUUCGGGAGAAUCGUUGAAGUUUCUGUUUUGAAUUGACAGAGUUUUGACAAUUAUUAUAUUUUAAAAUAAACGGGCAAUCCAAAUCAAAAAAUCAAUCGUUUAUUUGUUGGUGCAACUGGACAUUAAUCUUUCAUCUAAGGAGAGCCAUCAUCAUCAUCAUCAUUCAACCCGGAUCUAUCCACUGCGGGACAUAGGUCUCCCUCAGUCUUUUCCAUGUAUUUCUGGUUUGUGCUGUUUGUAUCCAAUUUUUGUCGAUCCGUUUUGUCAUCAGACCAUCUUGUUGGCGGACGACCUCUACUUCGAGAUGCUUCUUGUCUUUCUCUCCAGUAUAUUAUUCGCUGUAUCCAUCUAUUAUCCGACAUUCUAGCUAUGUGCCCUGCCCAGUUUCAGGAUCUUAAUUCUUUCUAUGACAUCUGUCACUCUAUAAUCGAAUACAGGCAAAGAUAAAUGGAAAAUUAACACAGUUUAUACCAGUACAAAGCGGAGACAGACAAGGUGACUCGUUAAGCCCACUGCUCUUUAAUCAGAUGGGAAUGGGGAACAAAGAAAUCCAAAUACAAUAGACUCGCUCUAUAACGAGAAUUGAAAUGGCGGACUAAUUACCUCGUUAUAUCAGACAACAAUAAUAUUGAAAUGUUUUAAUGCCUCUUACGUAGUUUAUUAGCUGUCGAUGACCUGAACAGUAAACAAUGAGACUUCGCCGUAAAUUGUAAAUUUCCUACAAUAUUCAAUAUCGGUCGAUAAGCAGGAAGAAGUUUACUACAGGCGGCAGAGUUUAUUACAGUACUGGCCUCGAUAAUAACACAGAUGUUGGUCAUUUCCAUAUACAGGCAGUUAUGGUAUUUAGUUAUAGCCAUUAUUGCGCUAAAAACAGGUAAAGAAACAUAUUCUUCGAUUUUAUUUUUCGUCGUUUUAACCAAAUAUGCCUCGUUAUAGAGGGUUAUAGUUCAAUAGGAAUUUCAUGGGACACCUAAUGUACCUCUUUAUAAGCGAAACCUCGUAAUAUCCGUGUUCGUUAUAGAGAGAGUUCACUGUAUUAUGUUAUGCAGACGACGCCUCAUUAAUCGCAGAGACAGAAGACGAUCUCCAAAGAUUAACACACAUCUUCAAUACAACAGCCAAGAAAUACAAUAUGAGAUAAUAUCAGCAGAAAAAACUAAAUGUAUGGCAACAUCUAAAUACCCACUACGAUGUAAAAUCGAAAUUGAUGGGAAAAUAAUAAAGCAGGAAGCAAGGUUUAGAUAUCUGGGAAUAGAUAUAACCAGUUACGGAGAUGUUGAAGAGGAAGUACGACAACAAAGCUUAAAAGCAAGUAAAGCGGUGGAAUCUCUUAAUGACACAAUCUGAAAGAACAAACACCUAAGACAAGACACACAAGCAAAAAUCUAUAAAGCAGCAAUUAGACCUAUAUUGCCAUACACGGCGGAGACACCUGGCACAUCUAAAACGAGACGACUACUAGAAACAACAGAGAUGAAAAUACUCCGACGAAUAUCAGGGAAACGUAAGAAGAUCAUGCAAUGUAGAAGACAUAAAUGGAUGGGUGACAAAACGGAAACAGGAGUGGAACGAACACAUUAGUAGAAUGGCAGAGGAUAGGAUAGUACGAAUAGCACCAGAGAAGUCACCAAAUUGACGAAGAAGUAUUGGCAGACCAAGAAAAUUUAAGAGACUAAUAUUGAAGAAGAAACAGGCUUUAAAGCCUACAUACAAGAAGGAAGAAGAAGGAGAAGCAUCUGUCACUCCUGUUCUCCGUCUUAUUUCCUUGUUCGUAGUCCAAUCCCUACGAGAAAUACCCAACAUCGAGCGUUCCAUUGUUGUUUGUGUAACACAAAUUUUAUUUCUUACUUUCUUGGUUACUGAAAGUUUCUGCAGCAUAUGUAAGUACUAGCAACACGCACCGAUCAAAGACUUUUCUUUUGAGACACAUGGGCAGUUCUGAAUCUUCUAAAAUAGGACUGAAAAUGAAUUUAAACAAAACAAAAGUCAUACACUCCGAAGAAACCGUGACAAUAAUAAACGACAAAGUUAAAGAAAAAGUUGAAGAAUAUACUUUGGACAAAAAAUAAUACUAAAUAGGGAAAUUCAAACGGAAGAAAUAAAAAGAAGAAGAAAAUUAGCAUGGGCAGCAUUCAGCAAACUCAACCAUAUAGUCAGGAAUCAGCAAAUUCAACUAAAUCUUAGAUCUAAAGUUUUUGAUGCAUUUGUUUUUCCUAUAUUAACAUAUGGGGCACAAACAUGGACAAUCACAAAAAAGAAUAUGAACAUACUCAGAGUCACUCAACACGCAAUGGAAAGAGCAAUGCUAGGCAUAUCACUUAAGGACAAGAAAACAAACACAUGGAUAAGACAGAAAACCAAAGUCACCGAUGUGGUACAAAAAUCACUAAAAUUGAAAUGGGAAUACGCUGGACAUGUAGCUAGGAGCGAUCUAAACAAAUGGCACAGAACAAUUCUAACCUGGAUACCAUACCAACACAAAAGACCCAGAGGCAGACCUCCUAUGAGAUGGACAGAUGAUCUGAAACGAACUGCCGGGAAAAAUUGGCUACAAGUAGCGUGCAAUAAAAAACAUUGGAAAAGGAGACUUGAAGAGGCUUAUGUUCAGAUGUGGACAUGAAUGGCUAGACGAAGAAGAAGAAGAAGACGUGUCUGACUUAUUAAAAUGCCCAACAUAUUUGUCGGACAAACAUUUUCUCAUAUAUAAUAUAAAGGCUAUUGAAUAAACUUAAAAACAAAAUGCUAGAUUUCACAAUCAUAAACUUGUCAGGAUGACACGUUCCACAAUUGAAGCGCUUAUUGUUUAAAAGGUAUAAGUAGGUGUAAGUCCAAGCUGUAAGUUCAAACUGACAGCCAAGAUGAAGACCACUCUGUAAUACCGCUGUAUUUUAAUUUCUUGUGACAUCGACUUAUUGUCGACAUUUUUGUAGCCGAAAUGGCAUAAUUAUUAAUAUUAAGGUCUUUUGACCUAAAUAUGUAGCUAGUUCCAACUACUUUGGAUCUAAAGUUUCUACCACCUGAUGAUGGACUUAUUGGUCCGAAAACGUUUGUGUGAUUUUAUCCAUUUUGGAUCAUUUUAGAAAAAAUUUUUUAAUAAAUUAUAUACCAUCUACCUACACGUGAGGUUUUUACUUCAUUAGUAAGUUUUUUAUUAUGGUAUACAGCCAAUGAGAGGAAUCUUUUCCUUUUAUUUUUUUUUAUUUUAUAUUUAUUUCGUUGAAAUCAUAUAAUUAUUGAAGUAUAACUUUUUACGUACGUACAAAGUACACACAUUCUUUUUUUCUUUAAAGAAAAGCAUGUGUUGUAGCAGUUUUAAAGACAUUUAUUAUUUUUUAAGCAUUUAUUCGCCCAUGCAAACUUGAAUUAGCAGAAAACGUAAACGAUCUAUAUGUAUUGUAUAUAUUACCACUAAUAAAUAAAUCAAACAGUCGAAAAUACACCAAUAAAAUAAAACCCCAAGACGGUUGAUGUAUUGUUUGGUUCAUGUAGUAAAAAUUAUAUAUCUCGAAUAGGAUUUUGUUACUGUACCACAUUUUUAUAUAAUAGAAUAAUAUAUUUGUAUAUUAAGUAAUAAGGCAGUGUAUAGAGUUUGACUGUAUCGUAAUCUAUUGUGAUGAUUUUAUCAAUGUUACUUUUAAGUUUAGUCUUUUUUAAUCAUAUGUGACAAAAUAUAUAUUCAGUAUUAUUAUUGUAUAUAUGAAUUUUAAAAUCAAAACUUAUUAUUUAAGUGCCAAAACAAUGUUUGUUUUGUUACAGUUAAAAUAAAACAUUUAUUUGUU